ACUAACCCACUCGCCCACCUACACACCUACGAUUAGCAUACAUACAACCACCAUCCACCCAGAAUAAAACGGUGUCGUAGGAAUAAAUAACCAAAAAAAUAUUUCACAGAUAAACAUAGGUCGCAUGAAGCCAGUAGUUAAAUAUUAGUUGACAAAGGUUGAAAACGAUUACAGACUUUGAAGCUUAAACAAACAGGCCUUGCAAGAAAAAAAUGGAAAAAGACACAGAUGGGAAAAAAACAAGUUAAUCUUUACAUCAGAAUGUCUGUACAAGGUGCGGUUCCACUGUGUGCAAUGCACACAUCCUGACCCGAGCCGGUCAAUCAGCCUGUGGGACAAACCAUUAUCGCUGUGUGCCUGGCUGAUGCUGCUGCUGGGUUUUGUUUGUAGAAAUAUUAUAUCACUUGAGACCAGUCAAAGCUAUGUAUGUAUGUUGAACUUCUUUCACAGCAUACGUAGCCAGCCAUGCUAAUUCGAAGUGCAGGGGAAGGACAACAAACUAAUCACAAAAAUCAGUUUUAGCUAUAACAGUGCGUGUCUAUAACGCCACGUCUACACAGGUGAGCACGGCCACCGUGUGGAACAUUCCAGGGCGUGUCUAAAGGUAUUUAUAACUUAACUGCAGGUGAAGUAAAGUUCAAUUUCCUUGUUCGUCUCCCCUGUGUGAGCUGCUGCUGCGAUUGCUCCUCCGUGAGCCGCGGCGAGCAACUGAGUCCGAGUAAAGCUAUGGCGAGCGCAUCUCCCAGUGAUUGUGUAGACAGUGAGCUGAGCUGCCCCAUCUGCCUGGGCACGUUUGAGUGCCCCUCCACGCUGAGCUGCGGACACUCGUUCUGCCUCCGGUGUCUGGACGGUGCCUGGGAGAGAGCGAGCAGCUUCAGCUGCCCGCAGUGCCGAGCGGCCUUCCCUGAGCGGCCCCAGCUGAAGAGGAACGUGGCGCUCGCCAACCUGGUGGAGCAGCUCAGAGUUGGAGAGAGGAUGGCCGCAGUUGUCUUCUGUGACACCUGUGGUGAUGGAGAGACUCCUGCAGUGAAGACCUGUCUAAGGUGUGAGACUUCCUUCUGUGACUCUCACCUGAAACCUCACCUGAACAACCCGAGAUUGAUGGACCACGUCCUGGUGGCUCCCAUUGUCAGCCUGGAGGAGCGAAGAUGCCAGCAGCAUGGAGACCCCUACAGGUUCUUCUGCAAGCAGGACGAAAGCCUGAUCUGCACAGUCUGCACAAUCGCAGGGCACCAUAGAGGGCAUGAUGUCAACACACUGGAGGAUGUGCAUGAGAUACGGAUGAGUGGAGUCAGAGAGGAGACGCGAGCGGUGGAGAAGAAGAGGAGUGAGGCUGAGGGGUCUGUGGAACGGAUGGAGGCCACUCGCAGGGACGUGCAGGGAUCUAUGACUGGGGUGAAGGAGCGAAUCAAAGCUGAGUUCACCCGCCUGAGAACGGCACUGAAUGAGGACGAGAGGGUGGCUUUACAUCGCGCAGAACUGAAGGAGAAGGAGCUGCUGUCCCAGAUCGACAAGAACAUCGCUCAUUACAAGCACGAGAUCAGCGAGCUGCAGAAAGCAGCCGCGCGCCUCCGCACUCUGCAGGAGGAGAGGGACUCGCUCACGUUCCUGAAGGGGCACCUGGAGGAGACACGCAGGGGAAAGGUUCCUAAGAAGUCUCCGCCCCCAGCUCCUACUCCACUGGACACCCCCACGAUCCGCUCCCUUGAGAGAGUCAUGGGCAGACUGCUCCCUCUCGUCUAUGGACGCUCACCGACUGUGGACCCAAACUCGGCCUACAACAAACUCCAGAUUUCCUCGGACCUCAGGACGGUGACGCUGACCGCUGUCUCCCAGGGUCGCCCCGAUCACCCACACCGCUUUGAUCACUGGCGACAAGCCCUGUGCUCAGAGAGCUUCUCGUCGGGUCAGCACUACUGGGAGGUGGACGUGGGGGGUGCGGCCUGGGGCUGUGUGGUUGGAGUCGCGUACGGGACGAUCGCACGGAAAGGGCUUGGUGACGAGUGCGAGCUGGGACAGAACGACUCAUCCUGGGUUUUAUAUAAAAAUAACAACAGCUGGUCAGUGCGUCAUGGUGGUGUAGAGACCUCAGUGCCGGUGAGGGAUCCUCCCCGGAGAGUUGGGUGUCACCUGCACUGGGAGGCGGGGCUGCUGUCGUUUUACCGCGCCGACUCCAUGGAGCUGCUGCACUGCAUUCACCACUCGUUUAGUCAGCCUCUCUACCCCGCACUGUGGGUAUGGGGUGGUGUUGGUGACUCAGUGAGGAUUCUGGAUCUGAGUCAUGCGUCCUGAGAGCACGGAGUGUGAGCAGUGCAGAGAAACGGGCACAACGCACAGACUCACGCACACAAAGACACAGA